GCAUGACGUAACACCGUGUGUCUGUGUCGCUGUGGAAGUGGGAAAGGCCCGUUUGUGUGCUACCCGGUGGUUACUUUGGCAGGAGGGUACGCUUAUCCAAACACCUUGUCUGCCAGUAUUGGAUGUUAUCCUCCCAUCUGAGCCACGGACAACAUCCCGACCUGACCAGGUGUGACCAGGAGGCAUUCGGCCUCUUGACUCUCAGUAUCGGACAGUCUUCAAACCUGUGUGAUUUAGGAGAGAGGACAGAUCUUUUUGUAUCCAGCGUGACUCAUCUGGAACCCCAAACGGCAUAAACAGCCACAAGGAGAGACCCCAUCCCUCGCCCACUCUCCCCUGCUGCUAGCCAGCACCAGCAUGGCAGACAGUCGACAACCGGAGGACGGUGCCCCCCAGUGGAAUCCAUCGGGAGGGCAGGAUCCUACUGGCACCCACGGAGCCAAUGGCUACUCGUCCUCUGCCUACAGGACCUGCCAGCCCGGGGGUGCCCUCAUGGCCACAGCCCCAUACUCUGCAAGGGAGAACGGCUUCAAUGGAGAACUAACUGGGGCUCAUGCUAUAACUGCAGAGCAAGUGUCUGCUCGGAUCGUGCAGGAGGUGACAGCAGAGGCAGUGGCGGUGCUUAAAGGUGAACAGGAGACUCAAAGGCUGCCAUCAGUUGAAGACACCACCAAUUUGCCUCCCUCCCCUCCCCCUUCACCUGCCGCAGAACAUUUCGGUCCUCUGGAACAAGAUGUAGGGGAUGAGGAGGAGGCGGGCCCUCUCCGCCGCUUCCAAAAUUCUCGCGAGAGGUGCAAGUUCCUCGCCCCCUCCAUCUCAGUUUCCGUGCCCGAGGACGACCCCUACCACUCCGACGAGGAGUACUAUGAGCACCCCUUGUUCAGCCCAGAGUGGACGCACUCGGGCUCUCGCCCCACAGGGCAGGCCGUGGCCUUUAGACAGAUUGAAGAAGAGACCAUGGAGGCUCUUACAGCUGAAUACGAGGAGGAGGAGGUGGAAGAGGAUGAGGAGGAGGAGGAGGAGAGUGCAGAGGCAGCAGAGUCCGAGCCUGCUCUUGAUGAGCAGCAGUGGAGCGGGGAAGAACCCGAACUGGACAGCCCCCAAGCUGAGCCCUUAGAGCAGGCAGAGGCCUUAGACGAGGCCCAGGAUCUAGCCCUGGAGCCGGACUUGGCAGAUAGUGCUGCUACAGAAAGCUCUAAGGACAGAGAGGAGGAGCAGGAGGAGGAACAGGAGCAGGAGGAGGAGGAGGAGGAGGAAGCAGAGGGUGAGGAGAGCCCUGAGUCAGGUGCGUCCUGCCCUCUGCUCUCCCUGCGUGCAUGCUACUGCAUUGCCCACUGUAUAAGAACGUCAGUUGUGUCAAAAAGAAAAAAAAACCCUCAUAAGCAUACUUUGAAGAUGGACUCAGACAAGCAGGGCAGCGAGAAAAGUGGUUCCAUGAGCCCAGACAGCAUUGGAUCGGAGAAACGCCCAGAGGAGUUUUAUGAGCCCCAGAUCCAUGAAUUCUUUGCAGGAGAGCGAGUCGUACCAGAGAGCCCCACCAUGGAUAUGCCCUCCUUUGUAACUCCGAAUGUUCAAAUCCAAGCCAAAGAAUCUCCCAAGUCUCUCACCCUUCAGCCUACGUACGGCGAGCCCCUCACGGUGUCUGAGAAGCAGCCGUCGGUGGAGGUGGUGGAGUUCAGCAGCAUGGGUGCUCCUUCUGAUUUCUCUUCUAUGGGAGUCGGAGGUCAAGGAGGGAACUCGGGGAAAGACGCAAAAGAUAGAUCUGGCAUGUCGGCAUAUUUCGAAACCUCAGCCAUGGAGGUUGAUGACUCUCUCCAAAGUAAGGGUGAGGGUUAUUAUGAACUGAGCAGAGCCGGUGAAGAGAAAUGUCCAGUUGAGGUCAGCUACAGUUCACUCGCUGAGACCCAUGAUAAACCAGAAACGACAAAAAGUACGACAGAAGACACCAAGGUGUUUACAGUUCCUGACAGGAGUAAUGAAUGCAGACUUUCUCCUGGUAAACUGGCUUUAGAGCAGAGGAGCUACUCACUUAAUAUAACUAUUGGAGCCAUGGAUCAAAGUGGCCAAGGCAGACCUAGAAACUUCUCCCCACUGGCUACAGAUAUUAUGUCAUAUACCAGUGGAAGUCUAGAUGAAUCCGCAGACUACCUCCCAGUCACUACCCCCUCUGUGGACAAAGUGCCGACAUUUCCUCCCCUGAUCCUGGAGACCGCAUCUUCUGUUACGUCAGAUUCCUCAUCUCCACCAAAAACCACUGACCCGGUAUCAAAACCCAGUCCUGGUUCAGCAUCCCCAGAAUCCCCACAACCCCCUAAAGGCACCUUUAAAAAUGGCACAGUGAUGGCACAAGACCUGCCCGAGAUGCUAGACCUUGCCGGCACCCGCUCCAGACUGGCAUCGGAAAAUACUGACCCAGAAAUUACCCGGAGGAAGUCGAUUCAAGCUGAUAUCCCUCUACUCCCCGAUGAUCCGAUGGCUGGCUUUGUUUCUGGGGAGCACAGUCCCAGGAAGAGUGAAAGCCAACUAGAAGAGAUGGGCUAUUGUGUGUUCAGUGAAUACUCAGGCCCCAUGCCAUCCCCUGCAGACGUUUUCAGCCCGACGGACACUUCUACGAAGGGUUUCACCCCAUCUGUCCUGGAGGAAAAAGUGGCUGAGCAAGCUAGGAAAUUAGCAGUCAGAGACACGUCGUUGGAGGAUAAAAGCCAGCCAUCUGGGGUCACUAAUGCCACUGAGGAGCAAGACCAGAAACAGGCCGAGAAAAGGGAUUCUGUUGAUGAAAAAAACAAAGAUGCCCAGGAUCACCUAAACCAGAACGUCAAAGAGCACGAGAAACCAUUUAUUCAACCAGCGGAGUCCUUUGUGACACCAACGGUCACUGUGACUCUCGAAGAAGGCGGCAGAACAGGAAGCGAGACCGAAAGACAGGCCAGCGGUGAAGGUUCGGCAUCGGAAACCGAAAUUGCCGAUUACGAGAGGCAGAUUCGCAAGUUGGAAAUGGAAGACAGGCCUCUGAGUUUGGAGGAAGAGCGAGAACUGCAAGAGCUCCGGGAGAAGGUGAAGCUCGUCCACCAAGAAGCCUACGAGGAAGUGGACGCUGAAGAUGUUUACCAGCUCACCGGCGUUGCCAAAGAUCGGAUCGCGAGGCCUGUCAAGACUUCACCUGCUUCAUCUGUGGAGAGCAACAUCGACGACGAUAAGCUGCUCUCACCGGUACUGUCACCAUCCAAACUGAAGCAAAGGGAAACUUAUGGGUCCCCUAAGAGAGUACCGUCUCCAGUGUUUGGAAUUAGCAAAGAGGAAAAGGAGAAAGAAGAGUUAGAAAAGAAAAUGAAGGAAGAACAAGAGAGAGAAGCUGCAGAGAAGAAAAUGAAAGAGGAGAAAGAAGAAGCUGAAAGGAAACUUAGGGAAGAAGCAGAAAAGAAAGAGAAGGAAAAACAAGAAAGGGAAGAGAGGGAGAGGAGAGAGAAAGAAGAAAGAGAGAAAGAAGAAGAAGAGAAAGAGAAAAAGGAACGAGAGGAGAGGGAAAAGAUAGAGCGAGAAAAGAAAGAAAGGGAGGAGAAGGAAAGGGUAGCGAAAGAGUUGAAAGAGAAGGAAGAGAAAGAGCUAAAAGAGAAGGAAGAGCGAGACAAAGCGGCUGAGAUGGACAAAGCGAAGGCAGACAAGCCUGAGGUGUCGGCCACUACAGUAGAGCGGCCUGGAGGAGAUGGAAACAACGCGACGGAGGAAGAGGAAAGUAAAGACGACGCGUUAAAGGAGAUCCAAGAGACCCACGCCGCCAUCGAGUCAGUGGUGACGGUGGAAGACGACUUCAUCACCGUUGUUCAGACCAUCGAUGAAGCAGAAGAACCGGGACAUAGCGUUCGUUUCUCUGCUCCACCCGAGGCCGAGGCUCUCUGCGCCGGUGUCCGGAAAGAGGAAGAGGAGGAGGAAGAGGAGGAGGAGUCUGUGGAACUGGCCCAAGAAGCCGACAUGGAGGCGGCUAGUUUAGACGAGGUGGCCGAUGUCCACGAGACCCCCGGCUCCCCCGAGAAAGAGGCUCAGACCGUGGAAACAGAAGGACAGACGGAGAGCUACGACAGGGAUGAAACCACCAUGGACGACUCCAUCCUGGACAGCUCCUGGGUGGACACACAAGAUGAUGACAAGAGCAUGCUAACAGAGCAGAUUGAGCCUUUACCGAAAGUAUCCAGUCCAGUCAAACUGCCGACUGCAGUUCAGAACAAACAGACACAACAGAAGAAGACAGAAAAACAAGAGAAGCCAGUCAAACCCAAGGCCAAAGGAGUGAAGGCAAAAGGACGGAUCUCCACACCUGAACGCAAACCUGCUCGCAAGGAACCCAUCUACAUCCCCAGAGAGGAAGUGAAGAAGAAAAAAGCUGUGAUCAGGAAGUCUGACUUCACCAAAAAAAUGGAAGUUCAGACUCAGUCCCCGUCGAGGAGGACUGUGCUGAAACCAGCCGUCCGUCAAACCCGUCCCACCCAGCACCACUCCUGUCCCAGGAGAAGACCCACAGAGGCAUUACCAGAUGGUCGUCAACCUCUCAGUGUUGCCAGACAGUCUCGCGACAGAGCAUCGUGCCAUGCCCAUCGUUUACCACUAACAAAGAUCCCCACCUCCAUAUCCAGACUGGCUGCCUCAUUAGAUAGACCUCAUCCAUCCUCAGCAGAGCCUCAAGGCUCCCCAAAAUUACAGAAAGUCAUCUUCAAGGAUGGUGGGUCACGGAGCCCUGCCAAGAGGUCCACUGCGCCACGACCAGCGUCGAUACUGAGUCGCCGUGGAUACCACGAUCACGAGGAGAGUUCGACCUCCAUAACCAGCUCUGGUUCCACAGCUCCCCGCAGACCCACAUCUUUUCGCGCUGAGAUGAGGGCAGAGCACAGGACAGGACGGGCCCCCAGUAUGACAGUCACACAAACGGUACGCUCACGUUCAGCUCGCAGUGGCCACUCCACCCCUCGGACCCCCGGCUCCACCGCCAUCACCCCAGGGACGCCUCCCAGCUACUCGUCGUCUUCACGGACCCCUGGGACCCCUCGCUCCCUCAGCUUGAUUUCCCAAGAGAGGAAGGUGGCUGUGGUUCGCACCCCACCCAAGUCACCCGCGACCACACCCAAGCAGCUCCGCAUCAUCAACCAGCCACUGCCCGACUUCAAGAACGUCAAGUCCAAGAUCGGCUCCACGGAGAAUAUCAAGUACCAGCCCAAAGGAGGACAGAUUCCUAUUUUAAAUAAGAAGCCGGACUUCAUCCACUUACAGUCAAAAUUCAGCUCCAAAAAUAACCUGAAGCAUUCUCCCCGUGGAGGCAAUGUUCUCAUCCCCAGUGUUAAGCUGGACUAUAGCCAUGUUCAAUCUAGGUGUGGGUCCUUGGACAGGAGAGGCUACUCAGCAGGAGGUGGAAACGUGCAGAUACAAAAUAAGAAGAUUGACUUGAGCCAUGUGACCUCCAAGUGUGGCUCUCUAGACAACAUCCAUCAUCGGCCCGGGGGCGGUAAUGUGCGUAUAGAGAGUGUGAAGUUGGACUUCAAAGACAAAGCCCAAGCCAAGGUGGGUUCCCUGGAUAAUGCUCACCACAUUCCUGGUGGAGGCCGAGUCACGAUUGAGAGCCACAGGCUGAUGUUCCGUGACCACGCUAAGGCCCGAGUGGACCACGGAGCUGAGAUCGUGGUCCAGUCCCCGGGGCUGUCCGGCUCAGUGUCCCCCCACCGCCUCCGGGACAGCCACCUGUCCUCUUCUGGCAGUCUCAACAUGAUGGAGUCCCCACAGUUAGCGACGCUGGCAGAGGACGUCACCGCAGCUCUGGCCAAGCAGGGUUUGUGAACACUGGAUCUCACUUCAGAUGCCCUCCAUCUGAACCUUAAGCUCAAACCUUUCUGGCCACUCCCACCACCCUGAGGUCAGCCUGACACUACUUCUACUCAGCCAAACCACAGCCUCUAAACAUCUCCACUUCAGCAUCAAUCAUUAAAACACCAACUCUGAGUAGAGACUCAAAUUAGGAGCUACUGCACUCCGGUCCUCUUUAUUUCCUGCCUAUUUUAAACCCAAAUAUAUGCUAUUUCUGAUUCAUUUUAGUGGCCUCUCUUUCAUGAAUGAUGUUGCAUAGAAUAGUUCAGUCUGAGCACCUGUCCUAGAUAAGAUUGAAUGGUAAAUUUGAAGCGGUCUGGACCAGGUCUACGUACCAGGUAUUGGCUUGACUGGUUCUGGAUCAGUGUUUUAAAGAAGCCACAGCCUUUAUUCUUCUUUAAGUAGGAAGUAAUGUGGCCAGCACACCAUGCAGCACGUGUUGUUCUUGCUCAGUAAAUGUGCAUGGACUCCAGACCCCCCCUUAACAAACCAAGCAUCCUUACUGCAAGUCAUUCUUGUCAUUCAAUAUAUAAUAUAUCUAAUGAAUAUAUACAGAAACAUGUAUAAAAAUACAAGUUCCUUGCCAUCUACAUGUCCUUAAAAACAUUUUAAAAGGAAAUGACAAUAUGGCUAUAAAAUAUACCUGUAAAAUUGCAUUAUUGCAAGAACUAGGUCAUGUUACAACAGCAUGUAUUGAUUCUAAUAUUAAAAGAGGCUAUUUUGUAAUUUAAAAGAAGGAUUUUAGUAAGUUAUUUCCUCAAUUAUUGAGUAAAUUAAAAGUUAAUGUUUUGUAGUUAUUAGUUGUUUACAGUGUAAUGCUUGGUGACAAUGUCAGACAGCUGAUUUGGUGUUGCUAAGGAAUGCAUCUCAGUCCUGUUGAAGAGCAUCAUACACUUGUACUUUUCACAGUAGUUCUCUAUAGACGCCUGUUAUUACAUCAGAACAAUAUUAAACGCUGGAACCGGAGCUGGAGAUGGAUCUGGAUUUUAUUCCACCAAAAACCUCCAUCCGAAAAGGAAACGGCUAACAGUAUCAUGUCGUCACAGUCGCAGAUAAUAAGCUCACGUGAAUGAAUGACUCUACUAACAUGUCGCUCUUAUCAGGACUGUCUGUUUGUCUGACCGGCGGAGGACGAAGCUACAGUUCGCAAAAGCUGAGAUUUUAGCAGAAGAUGCAGCUAUUCUGAAAUCUGUCUGUGUGUAUGUGUGCGUGUGUGGUGCCAAUCCCAUGCCGUUUUAUGACGGAUGCUACCGUACGUGGAUGUUCUGUUGCAAUAUGUGGAAGAGGAAAAGUGGAAAAAAAAAUAUUUUGAAAAAAAAAAAAAAAAACAUUAAAAAGACACUCCAUGAACAAAAGUAUACCAACCCCAUGGAUCCUGUUACAUCUGUUAGGAAAAAAAGUGUUUGGGUGAUCUAGUUUCUUUUUCAGACACCAUUUGUGAUAUAUCCUGCCUUCUGCCUAAUUACUGCCCUCACCUGCAACUGUGCGUUUGCUUCUGUGUUUUUUCUGCAUUUCCCCAUCUCCGUGUGCCCUUUUACCCCCCCACUUUCCCACUUCCUGCUCCAACCUACAGCAACUGUAAAUGUAUUUAAAAGUUCAAAUAGAUGUACGCAGUUUUUCUCUUGUUGAUAUGACAUAAAUUACAAUAAUUAAUGACAAUAAAAAGGACAAAAAAUUGA